AUGAAUAUCUACACACCUGCUGAUGGACUUUUCCAAACACACGUCACCUGGGAGGAUAUUGAAGCAGAUAUGCAAAGGGAAUUUCACAGCACCGCCUCGUUCGGACCGAAUAAAUCUGCGAAAAACAUCAGUGAUUGUAAUGUGAACAUUUGCAAAACUCCGGACCGCAGGUGUCUGCUGUGGGGAACGAACGCGCUACUGUCCUGUCCGGGUAGUAACGCGUUCACCACCACACCAUGCUGGUCCUUCGUUUCGUCUAUCUCUCAGUUAAUUCUAUCGAUCAGUGCUAUCAGCAAUCACCCGUAA